AUGGACACAAAGCAGCCAGAUGCUCAUUUGGCUGCUGAAGAAGAAGCUAAACGAUUAGAAGAACUACAAAAACAGGCAGCACGGGAGAGAAUGGAGCAGUUUGAAAAGGCACAUGAACGGGGUUUCCAAGCAAUGAAAAAGAUCCAUUUGGCCCAAAAUCAAGAGAAGCUAAUGAAAGAACUCAAACAGCUGCAACAAGAGGACCUGGCACGUAAAAGACAGACUGUAGCACAAAUGCCACCACAGCUAGUUGAACUUCCAUACAAACGAAGUGAAAUAAAAGAUGACUGGCAGAGAGAGCUGGAAUUUGCCUUUGAAGAUAUGUACAAUGCAGACAGAAAGGUGAAAGGAAAUCUGAUUUUGCACCUUGAACCAGAGCCUUUGCCCACUGUGACUGACCAGAUCCAAGAUGAAGACCUGGACCUUUCAAUGGAACAAGAAAAUAAAGACCCCUUGGCUAUGAACACUCAGCAUAUCACUUCAAAAAUUCUUUUUAAAAAAUUAUUAAAUAAGAUUCGAAGCCAAAAAUCUCUCUGGACUAUUAAAUCCAUGUCUGAAGAUGAAGGUGAAAUGACAACUGUUAGUGAGACUGGAAGUAAAGCAGCAGGAGCAGUUGGCAGCAAGGAAGAACAUUAUUCUCUGAGCAACAAGUGGGUUCAGAAUUCUAAGCAACUGAAACUAAUUUUUGUUUUGGGGAUUCCCACAGAAGUAAAUGAGACUCCACCUGGCAUGACUGUCGCUCAGAGCUCAGUUCUACUUCAUCCUCAAGAAGAAGCAGUCAGAGUUAGAACAUCAGCAAGGCAGAAACAGAUAAUGGAAAUAGAAGAGCAAAAGCAAAAGCAGUUAGAAUUACUGGAACAAAUUGAACAACAGAAGUUAAGAUUAGAAACCGAUUGCUUCAGGGCUCAGCUGGAAGAAGAAAAAAGAAAAAAUAUUCAACAGACUAAGGUUGGCACUGCUCUGGCAUCAUGCACUGUUAUUUCUGAUGAAGAUGGACAUAGGCAGAUGAUUCGUAACUAUCAACAACAGCUUUUACAACAAAACAGGUUACACAAGCAAUCUGUUGAAACUGCCAGGAAACGAUUACUAGAGUAUCAAACUAUAUUAAAAGGAAGGUAUCCAUCCAUGUCAGCCACAUCUUUGAUAUCUGAUUCUGUUAUAUCAAUACUACCACAGAAAUCUGAAAAACGUACUGCUAUAUCAGAGCAUUGGAAUCAAAGUCAGAGACUCAAGUUAAGUCUUAACAUGCAACCCAUACAGAUCUGUAAAUUAGAACAAGAUCAUAUUCAGGUACCAGGACAAAAUCACUUUCCACAAAGACAGAUAAAAACAACAGAAAUAGUAAGAACUUCAGAUGUUUUAGCCAACAUAGAAUCACAGGAAUAUCUAAGGCAGUUCUCUAAGACUGAAACACAACAGAGAGACUAUAAAUUGGUCCCUAAAGAUUCUCAUAAGCUUUCAGGGCUUUGUCAUAUGAUCAGCCACAG